CUUGAGCCUCUUUAACCGCACAUCUCUCUCUCUCUCCCUCUCUCAUUCUCAGUUCGAAUUUUAACAUUCCUGAAGUAGUUUUCCUGUCAUUUUCCAGCACACCCAUAUUGCAGGACUGUGUUUUUUCCUGCUGAAUUUAGAUACAAAAGCUCUCUCAGUUUGGUUGUCCACUUGGUGAGAAUUGCCAGCCUUAAGCCUUCCAAAUCACAAUGUCGAUCAAAAUUGUUCGUGGGUUGUUCUUCAUUUGGAUUGUAAUCACUGUUUUCUCACUCAAUUCGCAUAAUGCGGAUGGACGGAUGCAUUACCAUAAGAAGCACAAGUCUCACGGCUCCGACAUUCCUAGUCCUGUUCCUCAGCCCCCUGGCUAUUCGCCUCCCUCUCCACCUGAUUCAGGUGACUCAGGUGGUGAUGACCCAAACAACUGUGUUUUCGACGUGAGAUCAUAUGGAGCGGUUGGAGACGGCUCCACUGACGACACUGCAGCAUUCACAUCUGCAUGGCAAGCGGCCUGCGCAGUUGAGUCUGGGGUCGUCCUGGUGCCUUCGGACUACAUUUUCACGAUAACGUCGACGAUCUUCUCCGGCCCGUGUAAGCCGGGUCUUGUUUUUCAAGUGGAUGGAGUUUUGAUGCCGCCAGAUGGGCCAGACUGCUGGCCAGAAGGUGAUAGCAAGCAUCAAUGGCUGGUGUUUUAUCGACUCAAUGGGAUGACUCUCAGAGGAACAGGAGUUAUUGAAGGGAAUGGAGAGAAGUGGUGGAACCUCCCCUGCAAACCUCACAGGGGUCCGAAUGGAUCGACAUUGCCUGGACCUUGCGAAAGUCCUGUUUUAAUUCGGUUCUUCAUGAGCUCGAAUCUGGUGGUCCGCGAUCUUCACAUUCAGAACAGUCCCCAAUUCCAUGUGAAGUUUGAUGGCUGUGAAGGUGUCCUGAUAGAUAACAUCUCCGUAAAUUCCCCAGCUCUGAGUCCCAACACUGACGGGGUCCAUGUCGAAAAUACAAAGUCCGUUGGUAUAUACAACUCGGUUAUAAGCAACGGUGACGAUUGCGUUUCGAUUGGAACAGGUUGCUCAGGGGUCGAUAUAGAGAACAUAACUUGUGGGCCCGGUCAUGGUAUUAGCAUUGGAAGUCUCGGCGUACACAACUCUCAGGCUUGUGUUUCUAACAUAAUGGUUCGGAACGCAGUCAUACGGAAUUCGGACAACGGGGUCCGGAUCAAGACAUGGCAAGGUGGGACGGGGUCUGUAUCAAGCAUAACCUUCGAUAACAUACUGAUGGAGAACGUGCGCAACUGCAUCAUCAUAGAUCAGUACUAUUGCUUGACUAAGGCAUGCUUGAACCAAACGUCCGCCGUCUUUGUGACGGAUGUCUCCUACAAGAACAUCAAAGGCACAUAUGAUGUUAGAAGCCCACCAAUACACUUCGCGUGCAGUGACACGGUUCCGUGCUACAACAUAACAAUGUCGGAGGUGGAACUCCUUCCCGCCGAAGGGGAGCUGGUGGAUGAUCCCUUCUGUUGGAAUGCUUAUGGAUCUCAAGAGACUCUUACAAUCCCACCCAUCACUUGCUUGCAAGAUGGGGCACCUCAGACACUGAAAGAAAGCUCUGCAUAUGGGUGUUGAGGUUCCAUUUUCAGAUGAAAAAAACCCAAUCAAGCCACACUGUAUAAACCACAAGGCCCAUAUGGUUGACCCCUUUUUAAGUUGAACUGCUAUGGGCUUAUUUUCUCUGGUUUAGGCUCCCUUUGGACUCAGUUUCCAUAGAGGUGGGAUAGAGUGUUGUAGAUGGGCCCAGUGCCUCACAUGUAAAAGGCUUGGGAACUUAUACAUGAUAUUAAAGGACAUUUGAAUAAAAGCUUUGCAUUUCAUGGUUUGUUGCAA